GGACUCGUCGAGCGCUUUCGGUGAGUUUAGAGGUAGUCUGUACGUGUUUAGACUGGAAAAGAGGCGAAUACAGUGUAAGGCAUGCUAAUACGCUCGCCUGCGCACGUACCUUGCCUGUAUAAUGGGAGGGCUCACUCUUCUCUUCGCGCGUUGAACUUUCGUGUACAUUAUAUACAUUAUAGCGCAGGGUAGCUCUGUAUACAAUAAUGUAUGUCUCGGUGUGUGUUUAUCAGUCAAAGUAUGGAUCCAGUUUUACACCCUACUAUUUGAUUCAGUAUGGAGCAUGUUCUGGAGCAAGUCCUAACCCCCUCCACCCCCACCCACCUCUGGUCUCGUCCCCAGACCCCUCCCACUCAUCACGUGGAAAAGGCUCUUUGUGCCAAGAAGGCGGCUCGCAGGAGUCCGGAGAAGAUUGUUCUGAGAAAGAUUAUUGUUCCCUCAUUUCUAGAGAAGCUUCUACUGUACUGGUGGAGAGAAACAAUCAUCGCAGCCGUUCCGAAUGUACUGGUGGUGUUCUAUCAUCUAAUGAUCCUGUUCGUCAAGAACCAAUGUUCUGCGUCUGUGACCCAAAGCAGAAUGGAAUGGACGGAACUACCAGAUUUUGCUAUUGUGACCCACCAACCAAUGACCAUGUUUUGACAUUUUUAACUUAUCACAUUUUUGUAUGUGUGCUGAUGUUUCAUAGAGUUUCAUGUAAGCGAGAU